AUGAAACCGAAGACAAAGCGUCAAAGGAGAGAUCCAGAUAGGACCGGUGGAUUAGCUGGUCAAGAUAGGAUUAGUGGAUUACCGGAUGCACUUCUUUGCCACAUACUUUCCUUCCUUCAGACAAUAUACGCUGUGAGGACCUGUGUUCUGUCUAGGAGAUGGAAGAACAUAUGGGAGUCUGUUCCUACUUUGGACUUCGACUAUGGUCCUUUCCGUAAAUCUCUUAAAUUGAAGACUAUUGCUGAUUAUGUACUUUCCUUACGUAACUCAUCAAGCAUUCAAAAAUUUCGUCUUAAUUGGAAUUAUAAUGGUAUUGAUCAGUCUUGUAUUUAUCGUUGGAUCCACACUGCCAUCAAGCGUAAUGUAGUUGAACUUGAUCUUCUUGUUUAUAGUAGACUUCAUUGCCAUAUUUUUGAGUUGCGCGAAAGCAUCUUAAUGUGCAAGACACUCAUAAUUUUGAAGCUGAGAUCAAACUUCAUUGCCAAUCUUCCUGCAUCAGGGUGUUUCCCGAGCCUCAAGUUUCUCCAUGUUACAGUUAAUCCUUAUAGUUGUAGUGACUCAAUGGUUGAGCUCUUCUCUAGCUGCUGUUUGUACCCACAUUUGCAUGUCCACUCAGACAUAGCUAAUGUGCAUAAAGUUCCUGCCCCUGCAGUGAAGACACUACGAAUAUGUUGCAAUACUAGGGGUUGUAAGUACAAGUAUUUGAUUAAUUGCCCAAAGCUUGAAAACCUUGUUCUGAAAGGGAAUGCUUUGAGAAAGUAUUGUUUGGGCCAAGCAGAAUCCCUAGUCAAAGCCAGUGUUGAGCUACUUCACCAUCGUUCAAAUAGCCGAGUUGAUUCGCUUGUGACAGGAGUAUCCAGUGUCAAAUUUUUGUGUCUAUCUGCUAAUUGUUUCGAGGUUGGUUCUCUGCCUGCUUUUGAUAGUUUGAGCAAAUUGAAGUUGGUGGUUCACAAAUGCUUUCCCAGGAAAUUGCUAACGGAGUUACUUAGCAGAUCACCUCAUCUGCAGUAUCUUAUCUUAGAACAUAAUGACACUAGUGUUAAUGAAAAAGAAUCCAAGUAUGGAGCAGACUCAGAACCUGAUGAAUGCCCGAAGCUGCGAUGGCGUGCACCAGAGCUUGUGCCGAGUUGUUUAGAAUCAAACCUCGAGACUAUCUCCAUUGAGGGAUUCAAGGGGCAGCUGAAUACAAUGGAAGUGGCUAAAUAUUUCUUGAGGAAUGGUGAAGUUUUGAAGAAGAUGACGUUUUCUUCACAUCCUUUGUGUGAAGAAAAGCAGGCGUUACACAAAGAGCUUUUAAUGGUUCCAAAGGUUUCAAAGGCUUGUGUAGUUGAUUUUGUCUAA